AUGAUAGAUAAGCAAAACAGUUUAAAAUUAGUUAAAGAUUGGAUUAAGAGUAACAAUUUAUACUAUACAGAUGGUAUAAAGUACGGAAUGGACCUUUUGUUGUAUUUAGAUGAUCCUGAUAAAGUACAUUCAACUUACGGAUUAAUUAUUUAUAAUGAACAGAUAACUUACGAAUAUUUAAUAGCUUUACAGAGGGUCUGUGCGAGUUGCAAAAAGGUUUUAUUAAUUGUAAAAGUUGGUGAAAAUGAAGAAUUAGAAUUUUUAUCAGUUAAAAGAUUUAAUAAUCUAUAA